AGAAAAAACACCAAACGAGUUCCAAGCUUUCGAAAGUUACUGAGAACUAGUAAAAUAAAACUUGACAACAAAUUAAAGAAUAAACAGUACAAACAGCAGAGUGCUGCUAGGAAGUAUCGAAAGGAACAAAAGAAGCUAAGGGAAGCUGUCAGAGAUGCUAUCUCUAAAAAACCUUUUCCACUGGAAGAAUCCAAGAAAAAAGUUGCUCAGAAAUGGGAAGAAGAGGAAGAAGAUGCUCUUCCUCUGGACAUGAUGGAUGAAGAUGACUUACAAUUAAUGGAGGAUUUGGCUCAAAAGGCUUCUUUUUUAACCAGAGAUCUUUCUUCUGAUGAACCUGUUCAUGUCAAGAAACGAAAACAUGAAAGCGUGAUUGACAAAUAUGAGAAGGUGCCAAGGCGCAUGCAGACUGAGCCAGAAAAAGAACUCAUCCAUCUGCUCCCCAUCAAAGACAAGGGUGGCAUUAUUCCCCAAACUAUGGAAAAGCCAGUUCUUAAUACUGCAGAGGAUGAAGAAGAGGAUACAGAAGAAAUGGAGGAAGCAGAAGACUUUCAUGAGGAACACCUGCCUGUUCUCACUCCUGAGGAGAUGGCUGCCCAAAGGAGACAAAAGCUGCAGGAAAGGAAGAUGCACAUCGCUGCCUUGGCAGCUGCCAUUCUCUCCGAGCCAGACAACAACAUCAAAAAGUUGAAGGAGCUGCGUGCUAUGCUGAUGGAACAGGAUCCUAAUGUGGCCGUGAUUGUUCGGAAGCUGGUCAUGGUUUCUUUGAUGGAGGUUUUCAAAGAUAUUGUGCCUUCUUACAAAAUUCGUCCUCUGACUGAAGCAGAAAAGGCUACCAAGGUUAAAAAAGAAACUCAGAAACUGAGAGAAUUUGAAGAAGGCCUUGUAAGCCAGUAUAAAUUUUACUUGGAAAAUCUGGAACAAACUAUUAAAGAUUGGAAACAAAGGAAGUUGAAGAAAAGCAAUGUCAUCUCAUUAAAAGCAUAUAAAGGUCUGGCAGAGAUAGCAGUGAAGUGUCUGUGUGAGCUGCUGGUGGCCCUACCCCACUUUAACUUCCACAAUAACAUUAUUGUGCUCAUUGUUCCGCUUAUGAACGACACAUCAAAAAUGAUUUCUCAACUCUGCUGUGAGGCAGUUAAGAAACUCUUUAAACAGGACAAACUGGGCUCUGCUUCACUUGGUGUAGUUAAGGUCAUUUCUGGCCUUGUAAGGGGUAGAAAUUAUGAUGUCAGACCUGAGGUAUUAAAAGUAUUUCUUCACUUACGAAUUAAGGAAGUAGAAUUACAAAAAGAUUCCGAAGAUAUUGCACCAAAAAAAAAGUUCAUGACCUACAAAGAGAAAAGAAAAAAUCUUUCAAGAAUGCAAAGAAAGUGGAAGAAAGCAGAAGAGAAGCUGGAACGAGAACUCUUGGAAGCAGAAGCAUCAGAAAGUAAAGAAAAAAAACUGAAACUGCACACAGAGACAUUGAAUAUUGUAUUUGUAACUUACUUCAGAAUCUUGAAGAAAGCUCAGAAGUCUCCACUGUUGCCAGCUGUGCUAGAAGGCCUUGCAAAGUUUGCUCAUCUCAUAAAUGUGGAAUUUUUUGAUGACCUAGUGAUUGUCCUUCAUUCUCUUAUUGCAUCUGGGGGUUUAAGCUAUCGUGAGAGUCUUCAUUGUGUUCUCAGUGCUUUUCAUAUACUGUCUGGUCAAGGUGAUGUUCUCAACAUUGAUCCAAUGAAAUUCUACACGCACCUUUACAAGACACUUUUCAGCCUACAUGCAGGUGGCACCAACGAUGACGUAGAGAUUGUGCUCCAGUGCCUGGACGUUAUGUUUGCCAAGCGGAGGAAGCAAGUUUCCCAGCAACGAGCUCUUGCUUUCCUAAAGCGACUUUCCACGCUCGCUCUUCAUGUGCUUCCGAACUCCAGUGUUGGGAUCUUGGCGACAAACAGGGUAUUCAUGCAAACAUUCCCAAAGAUGGACCUCUUACUAGACAACGAAUCUCAAGGCAGUGGAGUCUAUCUCCCAGAACUAGAGGAACCAGAGCAUUGCAACGCUCAGAACACAGCUCUGUGGGAGCUGCAUUUACUGCAGAGACACUAUCAUCCAACAGUGCAGAAAUUUGCAGCUCACCUUAUUGCCGGAGCUCCAACUGAAGGCUCAGGAGCUCUUCCACUUGAUUUGAGCCAAAGGCCUGCUAGAGAACUUUUUGAGGCAUACAGUAUGAGAGAAAUGACCUUCAAUCCUCCUGUUGCAUCAGUAACGCCCAGAAGAAAGGAUACGUUCUCACAAGUGGAUUCAUUUAUAGAUGAAGAGCUAAACAAACAGCUUCAACAACAUGUCAGUGAGACUGUUCUUCACAAACCCUUGGAUUUUGCUAAACACUUGAAGGAGUCAUCCUUGUAACUGUGUCUAUCAGUCAUGUUCAGCUGGCUUCUUAAUUAUGGAGAAAGGUUGGCUGAAAGAAAUUUCCACUCAUUAAAGGAAUUCAAGUAGGUUUUCUUCUGAAUAUAGAAACGCAA